AACUUCUGUUUACUUGAAAAUUGAGGUCUAUCGCCCUCCAUCUUCAUCUUCUCAACGAUUGGUCAAUGUCUUAUGGUGACCCCAGCAUAGUGAAUAGGGUCACUGUUCUAUGUCCUCUAGGUCCUGUUGCGGUAACGACAUUGACAAAUGUUCAUUCGUCAAAAAUUAAUCAACAUUUUUGCACAACCUCCCAACAACCUGCGACAACGGUGUCUGCAGACAAAGUUCAAGCGUGGUCGUUAAUUUCAUUACCAGGAAAGUUUCCAUCUAUGUGGAGACAAAGAGCAAGACCGGUCUUCUUCUACCUAUUCGCCGUUCUCGUUUUGGCCUUCUUCGUGGUCCAUUUUCUGUUCGGGAGAAAUCGCUUCCAAGUCACCUUCCGACACAAGAAAGUUGCCAUUGCCGUGACUCGUGCCAAGUACCAGCCCUUGUCUAAACAUGAUCUGCUCUGCGAACUUAAGAGCCGGGCGUGGUUUAAGACGCUCCCAAGCAAGGAAGGCCCCUUUAAGGCCUUGAACUACUCCCAGUUGGAACCGAAGAACACCCUGUACCAGCUUCACCAUGACGGCUUCAACACCUGUGCAGCAGUGAUGAACUCUGCUGCUAUUCUGGGAUCAAAUCUAGGAGAGGAAAUAGACUCCCAUGAUGCAGUGAUGAGGUUCAACAGUGCACCCCUGUCUGAGAAAUACAGGGCAGACAUCGGUGUGAAGACCACCCUGCGUCUGAUGAACUCACAGCUCCUGGCCAACCCGAGUUACAACUUCUUUACAGAUCCCAUCUACAGGAACAUCACCAUGAUCGUGUGGGACCCUGCAGCUUACACUGGAGACAUGCAGGAGUGGUAUGAGAAUCCAGACGCCAACUUCUUCAGCUCGUAUGAGAAGCGUCGGAGGAUGUUCCCCCAGGAGCACCUGUACAUUACAGACCCACGCUUCUACUGGGAACUGUGGGACGUCCUGCAGGAGAACACAGAGGCCAUGAUCCACCCCAACCCACCCUCCUCAGGAUUCCAAGGCAUUGCAGUCAUGCUGUCGCUGUGCAAAAAGUUAGACGUGUACGAGUUCCUCCCAUCUGAGCGAAUCACCAUGAAAUGUCACUACUACGAGAAGUGGAACCUGAACCCAGCCUGUACCCUGGGCUGGUGGCAUGACCUUCGUGCUGAGAAGUACUUCAUACUCCGUAUGAACACAGGUACCAAGGAGGACAUCACCAAAAAGGGGAAGGUAACUCUAGAUGGAUAUAGCGCCGUCGACUGUAAAGCUACGUCACAUGCAGGUGUACUUACCUCUCUCAACAGAGGACUUCGGUUGCCCUCAGGAAAUUAAAAUUAGACCUUUUUCAUGGAAAUGUUGCAACUUUUUAAGUACGAUGCUGUUUGAUGAUGAACUUAUACCCUUCCACUAAAUUUUCAAUGGUGCUACUAAUGAAUAGGUCAAAAUAGCCUAGCCAUUGGAUUUUUUAUACUAUUUGUUUAAGUCAGGUAUUGAUGGCCUGACAUAAUUAAAAAAGUGAACACAAUUUCAAGUCAAAUAUUGUUGCAAUGCGAUAUCUUUAACAGAGAUAGCAAAAAGCCCUGUUUGUUUUAAACUCAGAAUUGUUGCGCAGCUAUAGCUGUAACAGCCAUGCCUUUUUUACCCAGGUUGUUGUGAGUAAUGGUUUGAACUGAAAUAAUGUUGCCAUGGCACACAGUGUAUUUGUAAUGUGUAGACAAUGUGUUGCUACUAUUUUCAGCAAAAGCAUUACACUGUGUCAAAGACAUCAAACAAAAGGGCUUAGACAUUUUUUCCCUCUGUUUCCUUUAUCUAAAACUGCACAUUUGUGUUGAACAUCAGUUCACAGCCAUUUGUACUUGAUCAAAUGCUAGAACAGAUCAUUACACGCUUGCCCACUCUUGCUGCUUUAUCAAACAUAGAAUUGAGCCAAGAUUUUAAUGUAAGUUCAGACAGACCUUCAUUAGUCUAACCUUGCCCCUGAUACAAGUACAUAUGAGGUACAUAGAAGAAACCUUCAUUAGCAUGGAGAAACUUAAAGUUCAGUGUGAAUACACUGUUGUAAGAAGGUCAUUGUCAUUAUUUUGAAAAACUCUAUACUAUAGUCUUUAGCAUUGCUAAAACUUUAGAACAUUGGCACUUGAUGGAAUUUGGUUCUGAUCAAUCACUCCUACAAGAUAUUGCUUCAACAGACAACAUAAAACACUGUCCUUAUACCAGUGCUUGUCACCUAAUACAUGUAAGCAAGGCUGAAAUAACAAAAGCGACACUAUCUUUUCACACUACUACCGGUAGCUUGCAAAUAUCUAAUGCUACUUAGACAUUAGUUGAAGCUAUUGACUUAUAAGAUAAUACCUACCCAUUAUCCAACAUGAUAGAUAUCUUUACUACUUUAAUUGUUAGAAAAAAAAAACAGUACAAUACUUUAAUUUGGAUGCUUUAACUGAAAAAGUAUGCUUGCGGACAAAAUGGCAGUGGGCACUGAACAAAUUUCUUAACUUUUUUUUUUCAAAACAGCAGCGUUUGGCACAUUUUCCACAACUGAGAAGGCAAAUACAUUUGUGUACUAAACGUUUGUACUUCCUGCUUGUCUACUGUGCUAGUAGUUUUGAUGGCUUGAAGACAUAUUUCAAAAUUCAUUUUAGGGCAAGCACACACUUUUUGGAGCACAGUAUGCAUUUUUUUUCU